CAUAGGCGGUUAUUUUCAAAGAUACACCUGGCCACACCAAUUGGUGGAUUUUUGACAGGCCGAAAAAGUGUGUGUUUUUCCCAAACUUUAUUUUGCUUUCCUCUGCUGACCAGCCGCGGCCUAAAUUGGACAAUCAAAAUUGGGCGGCCAGUCGCCACCGACCGCCAAACCGACUGCCCACCCCCCCUCGAACCCUUAAAACGUCGCCAAGCGAGUGACGCACGUCGAUCUUGCCGGGGAACUUGACGGGAAUCCAAUACCAGUCACGCGAACCCCUGCCAAAUAUUUGGGGAAUCUAGGGCCACUGGGUACACCUGGGAACACCCGGGUGCUCGGGUGCGUCCGCAUGUGGCGUUGGCGGCACUCCAGCUCGAGAUAGAAGCCAGCACCGAGGGGAAGUGCUUUGACAGCAGUUAGCGAACAUAAAACAAACGACGCUCGUGACCUCAUCGCUUGCACAACAACAAAAACAACACCGAAAAGCACAGGCGGACGCUAGACGCGUGCCUCCUCAGACCCAUUCCAAUUAACAUUUUCUAACACAAACCUCGAGCCUCAGCUCCUGGCAGGGCUUUCAAAGAACUCCCAUCGGCCGUAGUAGUUGGGGAGAACGCUGCCAACCAACAGGAAAACUUGCUCCUAGCUGGCGAGAGCUAGACUGCUGCAGACACCCAGUUGGAUCUUGGUUCUUGGUGCACAUGGUUCCUGCCGAUUCGGGGUAGCUGAAGCGCAAGGAUAUCUUCUGGACUUCCAGGAAAGCGAAAACUAGAGCCUUGGCACCCGAGAACUCCGGAAAGGAUCACUUUUGCAUGCCCACUGGGAGUGGAAGGUCUUAGCCAUGGAUGUGGAAAGGCGGCGUCGGGCGAAUACGCUGGAGAGCGAGAUGCGCGAUCCGACCAGCAUCUGCAACGUGGACUGCUUGCUGGACACGGUGUCGGCUUUGGUCCACGACUGCGACCAUGACUCCCUGCGGCGUCUCAAGAACAUCGAGCAGUAUGCCACCAAAUAUAAACCCCUCGCCCAGCGGAUCAACCAGCUGCGCAUGAAUGUGGAGGACUUCGACUUCAUCAAGCUGAUCGGCGCCGGGGCCUUCGGAGAGGUGCAGCUGGUGCGCCACAAGUCCUCCAGCCAGGUGUACGCCAUGAAGCGGCUCUCCAAGUUCGAGAUGAUGAAGCGCCCGGACUCCGCCUUCUUCUGGGAGGAGCGCCACAUCAUGGCACACGCCAACUCGGAGUGGAUCGUCCAGCUGCACUUUGCCUUCCAGGACCACAAAUACCUGUAUAUGGUGAUGGACUUUAUGCCCGGCGGCGACAUAGUGUCCCUGAUGGGCGACUACGAGAUACCAGAGAAGUGGGCAAUUUUCUACACGAUGGAAGUGGUCCUGGCCCUGGACACCAUCCACAACAUGGGCUUCGUGCACCGCGACGUCAAGCCGGACAACAUGCUCCUGGACAGAUACGGCCACCUGAAGCUGGCCGACUUCGGCACCUGCAUGCGGAUGGGCGCCAACGGACAGGUGGUGUCCAGCAAUGCCGUGGGCACGCCGGACUACAUCAGCCCCGAGGUGCUGCAGUCCCAGGGCGUGGACAACGAGUACGGACGCGAGUGCGACUGGUGGUCGGUGGGCAUCUUUCUGUAUGAGAUGCUCUUCGGCGAGACCCCGUUCUAUGCGGACUCUCUGGUGGGCACCUACGGAAAGAUCAUGGACCACAAGAACUCGCUGAGCUUCCCGCCCGAGGUGGAGAUAAGCGAGCAGGCCAAGUCCCUGAUCCGCGCAUUCCUGACAGAUAGGACGCAGCGGUUAGGUCGCUACGGCAUUGAGGACAUCAAGGCGCACCCGUUCUUCCGCAACGACACCUGGUCCUUCGACAACAUCCGCGAAAGUGUGCCGCCCGUGGUCCCGGAACUGUCGUCCGAUGAUGAUACCCGAAACUUUGAGGAUAUUGAGCGGGACGAGAAGCCGGAGGAGGUCUUCCCGGUGCCAAAGGGCUUCGACGGCAACCAUCUGCCCUUCAUCGGGUUCACCUACACCGGCGACUACCAGCUGCUCUCCAGCGAUACGGUAGAUGCGGAAUCGAAGGAAUCGAAUACUGCGAACAGCGGGACGGCGGGGAGUAACAACCACGGGCAUAGCCACAACCAUCGCCACCGCCCGUCGAACUCCAACGAGCUGAAGCGCUUGGAGGCUUUGCUGGAGCGGGAACGGGGCCGCGCGGAAGCUCUGGAGCAGCAGGACGCCGGACUGCGGCAGCAGAUCGACCUUAGCACCAAGCGAGAGGCGGAGCUGCAACGGAUUGCCGCCGAGUACGAGAAGGACUUGGCCCUGCGCCAGCACAACUACAAGGUGGCCAUGCAAAAGGUCGAGCAGGAGAUUGAGCUGCGCAAGAAGACAGAGGCGCUGCUGGUGGAGACGCAACGGAACCUGGAGAACGAGCAGAAGACGAGGGCACGCGACCUGAACAUCAAUGAGAAGGUCGUCUCCCUGGAAAAGCAGCUGACGGAGAUGGAACAGAGCUAUAAGGGCGAGACGGAGAACACGCAAAAGCUCAAGAAACAGAACGCCGAGCUGGGCUUCACGCUCAAGUCGCAGGAGGAGAAGGUGCGCGACAUGGUCGACAUGAUCGAAACGCUUCAGAAGCACAAGGAGGAACUGGGCCAGGAAAAUGCCGAGCUGCAGGCUCAGGUGGUGCAGGAGAAGAACCUGCGGUCGCACAUGAAGGAACUGCACAAGGAGGCCGAAAACAAGAUGCAGACGCUGUCCAAUGACAUUGAGCGCACGCUGAGCCGGGAACAGAAGGCCCAGGAGGACAAUCGGGCGCUGCUGGAGAAGAUCAGCGACUUGGAGAAGGCCCAAGCCAGCCUAGACUUCGAACUGAAGGCAGCCCAGGGACGCUACCAGCAGGAGGUGAAGGCCCACCAAGAGACAGAGAAGUCGCGCCUCGUCUCCCGCGAGGAAGCCAAUCUCCAGGUGGUCAAGGCCGUCCAGUCCAAGCUCAACGAGGAGAAGUCGGCCCGCAUCAAGGCCGACCAGCACUCGCAGGAGAAGGAACGACAGCUGAGUAUGCUGUCGGUGGACUACCGCCAGAUCCAGCUGCGUCUCCAGAAGCUCGAGGGCGAGUGCCGCCAGGAAUCAGAAAAGGUGGCCGCCCUCCAGUCCCAGCUGGACCAGGAGCACAGCAAACGGAACGCCCUGCUCUCAGAGCUCAGUCUGCAUAGCUCGGAGGUGGCUCACUUGCGUUCCCGCGAGAACCAGCUGCAAAAGGAGCUGGCUGCUCAGCGGGAGGCCAAGCGGCGGUUUGAGGAGGAUCUUGGCCAGCUAAAGAGCACCCACCACGAGGCGCUGGCCAACAACAGGGAGCUGCAGGCCCAACUGGAGGCAGAGCAGUGCUUCUCGCGCCUCUACAAGACCCAGGCCAACGAAAACCGCGAGGAGAGCGCCGAGCGGCUGGCGAAGAUCGAGGACCUCGAGGAGGAGCGCGUAUCGCUCAAGCACCAAGUCCAAGUGGCCGUUGCUCGCGCCGAUUCUGAAGCCCUGGCCCGGUCGAUUGCCGAGGAGACGGUGGCUGACCUGGAGAAGGAGAAGACGAUCAAGGAGCUGGAGCUGAAGGACUUUGUGAUGAAGCACCGCAACGAGAUCAACUCCAAGGAGGCGUCCCUGGUCACGCUCAAGGAGGCAGAGGCGGAGCUGCACAAGAAGCUCAGCCAGAAGAGCGCCGAGUGCGAGGACCUGGUCCAGCAGCACAAGAAGCAGCAGGAGGAGCUGUCCCAGCUGUGCGGCAGCAAGGACGAGGAGAUCGCCAAGCUGAUGGAGAAGUGCAAGAACGAGGUGCUGCUCAAGCAGGUGGCAGUCAACAAGCUGGCGGAGGUGAUGAACCGCCGGGAUUCCGACCAGCCCAAACAAAAGAACAAGGCCCGUUCCACCGCCGAGCUACGCAAGAAGGAAAAGGAGAUGCGCCGGCUACAGCAGGAGCUCUCGCAGGAGCGCGAUAAGUUCAACCAGCUGCUGCUGAAGCACCAGGACCUGCAGCAGGUGUACGCCGAGGAGCAGCAGCUGAAGCAGAAGAUGAUCAUGGAGAUCGACUGCAAGGCCACAGAAAUCGAGAACCUGCAGAGCAAGCUGAACGAGACGGCGUCGCUCUCCUCCGCAGACAACGAUCCCGAGGAUAGCCAGCACUCCUCUCUGCUCUCCCUCACACAGGACUCGGUCUUCGAGGGAUGGCUGAGCGUGCCCAACAAGCAGAACCGGAGGCGCGGCCACGGCUGGAAGCGCCAGUACGUCAUCGUCUCCUCGCGGAAGAUAAUAUUCUACAACUCGGACAUCGACAAGCACAACACCACGGACGCCGUGCUCAUCCUGGACCUCAGCAAAGUGUACCACGUACGCAGUGUCACCCAGGGCGAUGUCAUACGCGCCGACGCCAAAGAGAUCCCGCGCAUCUUCCAGCUGCUCUACGCCGGCGAGGGCGCCUCCCAUCGCCCCGAUGAGCAAAGCCAGCUGGAUGUGAGCGUGCUGCACGGCAACAGUAAUGAAGAACGCCCCGGCACCAUAGUCCACAAGGGUCACGAGUUCGUCCAUAUCACCUACCACAUGCCCACGGCCUGCGAGGUGUGCCCGAAGCCGUUGUGGCACAUGUUCAAGCCGCCGGCGGCUUACGAAUGCAAGAGAUGCCGCAACAAGAUCCACAAGGAGCAUGUGGACAAGACAGACCCGCUCGCGCCCUGCAAGCUGAACCACGAUCCGCGCAGUGCCCGGGAUAUGCUGCUGCUGGCCGCAACGCCCGAGGAGCAGUCCCUGUGGGUGGCCCGCCUGCUGAAGCGUAUCCAAAAGAGUGGAUACAAGGCCAACUCGUCGAACAACAACAGCACUGACGGCAGCAAGAUUUCGCCCAGGUAAAGCACGCUCCAGGGAUUCCAGGACUCAAGUCUGAACGUUGCAGCAGUCGGAGUUUCCAAUGCGCUUUCCGUUACUAACCGACUGACCCCCAAACUGACCCCGAAGUUGUGGCUUUCGUAUUGUAUUGUUUCUAAUCCCGAUUGGUAUUUGUCUCUUUUUUCUGUAUCUCUUCCUACAUCUCGCUGCUAACCUCAUCCAAUCAUCGCCAUCAUUCCGACCAUCUCUCUAUCAUCCUCAUCCAUUCGCAAACCAUCCCAAUUGGCAGCCAAUCGACGCGAUCGUCCUACAAGCCGUAUGCUGUUAAUGUGCAACGCUCCGCCACGCUGCCAGCCAACUCGUCGCUAAAAUGAGCUCCUUGCCGAGCACGCCACGCCACGCCACGCCAGCCGAUGCCAGAUUCCAGAUCCUAGAUCCCAGAGUCUCAGCGAGUCUCCUGCAACGCAACAGCAACAGUAACAGCAAAAGCAAUUCAACUCAAGCAUAUGAAAUUAACGCUCUAAACCAACACAUGCUACAGUAAACUAAAAUAUUUUUUGAGUAAUUUACACGGAACCCUAACCAACCUCGAACUCAAACUCAAACUCAAACUUAAACUUAAUCUAAAACUAAACCAGAACUACAACUACAACUACAACUAAAACCCAACUAAACAGUACUUGUCUAACCAAUUCCCUAACAACAGAAACCGAUUGAUGAGAGAAGGCAACAACCUAUAGCGAGUUCGCUGAAAACCAAGAGCCAUAAGCCAUGAGUUUGUCCCCUAGGCGUACUAUAUAUAUUCUAAAUAUAAAUAUAAGUACAAAGAUGGCUUGCACAACGAUCAGAUAGAGCUGUACUUAGCUGUAAGUUCAAAGUUCAAGCCAAGUCGAAAUCGAAAGAAAGAAACGAAAAUCUUGAUGCCUUUGUAAGAACGUGUAUGUGAGUUUUUUUUUUAUACAUUUUAUAUACAUUAAUAUGCAUAUUUGUUGUUGUUGUGUAGCGAAUACGAUUGGCCAAACAUACAUAUUGUUCUUAGAUGUAGGAAACAAACAAGAAAUGUGAACAGAGAGCAUAUACAAUAUAUUCGUAGACAUAUAUAAAGUGACACACUUCCUCCAAGAGCAUAUCCUUUAAGCGAAGCCUCAUGCGAAGCCAGAAGAAUCGAGCAAUCGAGCAACCAACAAACUAGCGCUAAGUUAAAGCCACUUUACAAAGCUUUAACUUGUAUUCCAUUUAAUGAACACUCUUUUUUUUUACAAGAAGCAUACAACUAAACCGUAGGACUUAAGGCAUAGACACGACACGAAGCGAAUAUCAAUCAGAUACUUAACAAGCAAAUAAACAAAUGUACACUGUCCGGGUUUUCAUUUCGAUUAUAGAUUGAAAGCUGAAUUAUAGAGGUUUCCUUCCCAGAGAAGAGACCUUCCCAAGAAGUCCUUGUUCGUGUCAGGACGACUUACGUCGAUAGAACUAAUUCGCCAGGGACCGGAAGGGCAGAAAUAUUCACCGAAAUGAGAGUAACUAUAGUUAAACGUAAACUAAAACGAUAGAGGAUGAACUACACAAGAAGGAGAAUGAAGCACAGAGAGUUGAGUGUGUAAAAGGCUACGUCUAAGUAUUAAAUAUCCAAUAUGUUCUAGUUGUAAGCUAAACAAGUUAUUUAUUCGUAUCUAUGGUUGAUGGCAGCGAGCAGCGAGCAGCGAGCAGCGUAGCACUCUUCCACUUGUAUGAUUUCUAUAUAUUCCAUUCGAUUUGAUUUCCAUCCCGUUCGAGUCCUUAGUUUCUUUUUACACACAUUCAGAGUGAGAGGCCAGCGAAUUGCAUUUAAAAAGAUUACGAUUUCGGCGAUGAGGUCGGCGAACCGAUGUCCGAUCGAUCAUCGAUUGCGCUCCAAAGUUCUGAGCUUGAUUUUAGAUUCUUGAAAACGAAGCUGCUUUCUUUUUACACAAUUUGUAUUUUAUUUGUACUAUUAUUUUAUAUUUUUAUGAUAAUCAUUCGUAUUACGUUUAUGUUUAAUUCUAAACUCCUAGUUUAACUGCGCGCCUGCAAUUGCAUUCUUGUCCUCGAAUCGUAUCGACCGGCAACCCCAAUGGAAUUGCAAGCGUCAAGCAAAUAAAGUAAUGUGUAUAAAAUCAGCA